CCCAUUGACAUCCAUCGAUGCUUGCUGAACAUUUAUAGAGACCAACCAGUGGAUGUGAGCACAGCGAGCCAUUGGGUUUUUCAGCAGUUGUGGUGAUGAAAAUGGGUCACCUCCACAGGUACAGAUUUUUACAAGUUGGCAUGGAGGCUCGUGUUCAUCACUGGCAAAAAAAUGCAUAGCUAAUGGUGGUGGCUACGUUGAAAAACAGUGUUUUGUAGCUGAGAAUUUCCUCUAUCAAAUAGUGUUAUUGUGUUCUUUGUAUCUGUUGUAAUUUCCAUGGAAAAAAUACGGGACAUUACUUUCGGAGCAACCUAUGUGCAAAGAUAUGGGAUGCUAACAGGAUGAGGCCAGCUCUGCAGCGGGAUUCGGAGCACGUGGGUGGAUGGAGAUUGUCGUAAGAUCCGACCUUUGCCUUUCUUUCAGGAAUGAUGCUGGCAGUGCUGCUUGCCAAAGCUGCAAGUUUUAGGAGCAACAGAAGCAAGCUAGUGAGAGAAAUAGAUAAACUACUGUUCCCUCUGUCUGUGCGUACUGUAUAAAGAUAGCUGCAGAGGGGGAAAGAUUAAAAAAGAAAAAAGAGAACUAUAAAGAAUAGUUAGACAAGAAAGCCUGUAUUCCUGUUUUGUCAUCCCAGACAAGGGACAGGUUGUACAGAACAUGCCAUUCUGUGCUUUUUCUUCCUGAUCUCGUUGGCUGUUGCACAGAUUCAGACAGCCUUCUAGGAGACUUGCACUCAACUUGUUAUUGAAAUGGAACUUAGCCGUCAAAGUGACUUGGACCUGGUGUUGCUGGCUGAAGCAAUACUGAAAUAUUUUAAAAAAGCUAAGCCCUGUCCUCCUUAAUUGCUUUUAAGAAAUGAGAUAUAAACACUGCUUUUCUGAAGAAAAAAAAAAAAGCCAUGCUGUGAUGCGGAGAGCUAUCUUUGUCUCAUACAGCACCGAGCAUGCUGUCAACAAAAUUAUAAUCUCUUGUGUUUCUCAGGACUGUAAAUUGGCUAAAUAUAAAGUAUGCAGGAAAUAAAAAAGUAUUGCCUCUUCAGGAGCUAUAGAAAUUGUUGGGGCAAAUAUUAAUUGAUACUUUAUUCAGGUGUGUUCUGCUUCUGUGUUUAAAUCAGCCUGGGUAAGUGUUGCUAGCAGAGCAUGCAAUAUCUGCUUCUGGUUCUGUCAAUUUUGCUUGGAAAAAAAACCCAAUUAUUGUGGGAGGGGAGGUGGAUAUCAGCUGGUAUUUUACAGCAAAGACUUCAGUAAUGUAUUAAGUCUUAUGAAACAAUCAUGCUCCGUUAAAUUUGAAAAACUUACUUGUGCAGUUAAGUGCUUUAUGGCUGGAUUAAUGAGUAACUUCUACUUCAAUUAGUUGAUGUUCUCCCGUGGUGCAAUAUUUGGGCUUCUUUUUCAUUAUAAGGACUCUCCUUGUUUUCAGACUGUCACUUAGCACCCCGAGAUGUGCAUUACUUCCAGUAAGCUGCUGUUACUCCUGAUGGGGAUUGUUUGUAUUACAGGGUCUCAUGCUGUACCAUACAUUCUUCAGAAAGAUCAUAAGUGUGGGCAGAAAGUUCAUGAGACAAAACCGUGGAGUUACUUUAACCUUUUCACUCGGAUUGUUGGGGGGAACCAGGUGAAACAAGGCUCACAUCCAUGGCAGGUUUCCUUGAAACGAAGAGAAAAGCAUUUCUGUGGAGGCACCAUUGUUUCUGCUCAGUGGGUGGUCACGGCAGCUCACUGUGUCUCAGACAGAAAGGAAGAAAAACCAAAACCUUUGAACAUUACAAAAAUAAGAAUAAAUAGCCUUACAAGCUGGGAUGCAGACUGGAACCUACUCAAGUAUUUGAAUGUCACUGCAGGGGAGCAUGAUUUGAGAAUCAGGGAGCAUGGAGAGCAGACACUCCCUGUUAAAUAUAUCAUUAAACAUCCAAACUUUGACCCCCGAAGGCCGAUGAACUAUGACAUAGCCCUUCUCAAGCUGGAUGGAACCUUCAACUUCAGUUCAUCAGUUUUGCCAGCAUGUCUUCCUGAUCCAGGUGAAAAAUUUGAAGCAGGAUAUAUCUGCACUACUUGUGGCUGGGGCCGUUUAAGAGAGAAUGGAGUGCUCCCUCAGGUUUUGUAUGAAGUCAAUCUACCAAUUCUAAAUAGUAAGGAAUGUUCGAGAGCAAUGUCAACUUUAAAGAAGCCCAUCCAAAGUGACACUAUACUGUGUGCUGGAUUUCCGGAUGGAGGAAAGGAUGCCUGUCAGGGAGACUCUGGGGGUCCUCUUUUAUGCCGACGUAAGCAUGGUACCUGGAUUCUCGCUGGUGUGAUUUCCUGGGGGAUGGGAUGUGCUCGUGGCUGGAGAGGUAAUGAGAUGAAGAAACAUUACGAAAGAGGCUCUCCAGGAAUAUUCACAGACCUCAGUGCAGUGCUUUCCUGGAUUCAAGAAAAUAUGAGCGCUGAUCUGAAAAUGAAGAGUUCCACACCAUUUUGUAGUAUUCAGGAUGGCAAACUCCUGGACAGUGAAGGAGAAUUAAAUUUUCCUGGAAGUUCCGAACAGUUCUAUCAAAACCAUCAAUUGUGUGUAUGGACUCUGUUUGUACCAGAAGGGAAUUAUAUAUUGCUUCAUUUUUCCCACUUCGAUAUAGAGCCGGAAACAUUUUGUGACUAUGACUCUUUAUCGGUCUAUUCAAAAGACAACAGACUUGUUGGGAAAUUCUGUGGAGGAGAUCUUCCAUUACCUAUUUUAAUUGGCUCCAAUAAUAUAAGGCUAAAAUUUGUUUCUGACAACAAGGAUUAUGGAACUGGUUUUUCUAUGACUUAUAAAGCUCUUACACCAGAUAUUCUUCCGAAUUCUGGUUGUGAGUCCUUAGCUGUACUUUUUGAAGAAGGAGUGUUGCAAAGUAUGCACUAUCCAGAGCACUACAGCAAUCUGGCAGACUGUCAAUGGAUUAUUUGUGCACCAGAGGACCAUGUAAUCAAGCUUACAUACCAGUCUUUUGAAGUAGAAGAGAGUGAAGAUUGCACUUACGAUGCUGUGACUGUGUAUGAAGAUGUGGGAAAAGAUGAGGAAAUUGCUAAAUCCUGUGGAUUUGUCCUACCAGCACCUGUUCUAAGCUCCUCUUCUAUGAUGCUGGUUGUCUUUCACUCUGAUGAAACGGAGACCUUUGAAGGAUUCAGAGCUACGAUCACUUUUGUUCAUGUUACAGAUUUAGAUACUUUGGAUUCUGCUAGUGCAGAAGAGUUUGAAAAUACGGGUGUGACUGAAGAAAUACAGGUUACAACAGAUGAUAUUUGUGGAGUGCCUUCAAAUCAGCCGAGAUUCAUCUUCAGUAGGAUAAUAGGAGGUGAAGAGUCUGUACCGCAUUCGUGGCCUUGGCAGGUCAGCAUACAAAUUUCAGAUGAACAUAUCUGUGGAGGAGCAGUUCUUGCCAAAGAAUGGGUUGUCACAGCUGCUCACUGCUUUAAUUCUAAGAGGGAACUGUACAGAGACUUAUGGAUGGUGGUCGCAGGAAUUCAUGAUCUUACAGAGCAAGAAUACAGACAGAAAAGAGCAGUAAAGCAGUAUAUUAUACAUCCAAGCUUUAACAAGACCACUAUGGACUCUGACAUCGCUUUACUGCAACUGGCUGAGCCCUUAGAAUUCAACCACUAUGUGCGUCCUGUGUGCCUCCCUGCAAAGGAAGAAGUGGUUCAGCCCUCCAGCGUAUGCAUUGUCACAGGAUGGGGAGCAGAGGAAGAAGAUAGGGAAAAGAGUAAAAAGCUCCAUCAGCUGGAAGUUCCCAUCCUGGUGCUUGAAGCAUGUCAGACCUAUUACAUAAAUCUUCCCAGUAGAGUGACUCAGAGGAUGAUCUGUGCUGGAUUCCCUCUGGAAGAAGGCAAGGACUCAUGCACAGGUGAUUCUGGUGGCCCAUUAGUUUGUCCUUCAGAAGAUGACUCAGGAUUUUACACACUUCAUGGAAUCACUAGCUGGGGCCUGGGCUGUGGAAGAAAGACCUACCCAGGAGUAUACACAAACGUUGGGGUUUUUGUGGACUGGAUCAAGCAGAGUGUUAACAGUAGCGAUCUGCCCGUUUUCAUGGUGUAACUGUCAAAAGAGCAGUUCUGAGGGACUACGUUGUAGAACACUUCCAAAGUACAAAUGUCACUAAAAGCAAAAUUUGGUGAGAGCGUAUCAGUUUGUGACUGCUGAAGAGAUCAUAGAGUAGCUGAUACUUACCUUGAUUAAUUUACUGCUUGUUUACCUGAAUUGAGACUUCAACCUUACGUGUGUGUCCUUGGGAUAUACAUAAGUUACUUACAGGUUUCUGACACUGUCAAUGUAUGUUAGAAGGAAGGAUAGAUCACCAUAUAUGUAUGUCAGGCAUGCACUCAAAUGCAGCACUGGAGAAAAGAAAAAUCAACAUGAAAUUAGCAUGUGUGUUAAACAACUGAAAUCAGUUCUCUUUCCAUACGGUCAAUGAGAGUGUUGGCUCCGGCUCUGAGGGGACCUAGGCAGUGGCAGUACAUCUCUCAGAAUCAAAAGAACACUGUCUAGUGAUUAGUCAUGUGAAUCAAUCAAAUUGCUUGGAAAAUAGUAUUUUAAUAUGCCCAAAUGAUGGUCGUUGUAGGCCUGAUCCGAUUGAUUUGAGUGUCUAAUAUUAGAAUAAUUUGACUACAUUAUUUGCCUGUUACCGUAACAAUCUUUCUAUGUGUAAUUGCAUCAAAAGAAUGUUGGUACUUGGAAAGCUGCCACCAAAUGCAGAGUAGGCAUAACUGUGUUCAAAACUGCUCGGGCUUUUGAGAUGUAAGGAAGGUGCAGCGGUGAGCCUGGGUGACUUGCGCGAGCAGCUUCUGGUCUGCCUGCCUAGUGGGAUCAUCCAUCGUUGUGAAGCCCCAUGUAUUAGCUUGUGUAUUGUGCAAGAUUUUCACAUCUUGUUAAGAUUAGAAUUCCAGUGGAAGGCAUUUGCUAGGCAUUAAGUGACUUGUUAUGAAUGUAGGGAAUUCUACACAGUAAGGGCUGUGCUUGGUGCAAAUACUCAUCUCAACCGUCCACAGUUUUUCAAUAACCCGGGAUUUUGGGAGUAUGCUUCUCGUGCUUGAUCUAAGGUUUCCCUUGCAUCAACUGUGGUCCCACUUUGUGUUUUAAAUCAGUUAUGUACAAUAUGUUAUUUUAGGUCUCUUAAUCUUGAUUAGCAAUGGAUCUUCCUUUAGAAGUCUAAAGGAAGCCUCGAUGGCCUGUUGAACAUUUAUAGUGUGGUGUUGCUAUGCUCUGUUCCAAAUUUCUGUGUUGAAGAAAAGUUGAUGUUUUGAUUAAAAAGUAGCAUCAGCUUUUCAAAAAAUUGGGUAAGACAUUAGUAUUUGCUAUUUUAACAAAUUGCUUGUUGUUCAGACAGAAGUGUUCAAAAAGACGGGUGGUCCAGGCCAGCAGCCUCUGGCAGCGUGCAAUAACUGGCAAAUGUCCUAAUUAAUCUAUUCAUAUAAUCAGAGGUACCGUGUAAUUCACACACUGCAAAGUGAGCACAUCUGCUUGUAAAUAGCAAUUUGUUUAAUGCCCAAAUGGCUGCUUGCACUGGAAACGGUGAUGACGGGCUCCAAUUAGAUUUGCAGACUGUGCUUUGCACAGCUGUUGUGUUUAGAAACUAGAUCAGUAUGAUAGCAUAAUAGGUAACCUGAGUAUAAUCCUUCUUUGACUCCAUGGCCUGGAAAAUAAUUAGAUGGCAAUAAGAUGUCUCGUCUCUGCUGAUACCAAUGGCAGAAUCACUUUGUGUCCAGAUGUGGAGCCCUCGGUGCAGGAGAGAUGUGGACCUCCUCGGGCACGUCCAGAGGAGGGCCUCAAACACGAAAAUACUGCGUGGUGGAAGGACGAAUUCAGAUUAGUUUUCAAAGAUGCGUAAGGCACAGCUGUGUUACUGACAGAGUAUGCUUGUUCCAUCUCUGAUGAGCUCUUGAAGAGACUUUUGGAAAGGAAUGACGGGAAAAUAUCCUUUGCAGUUUUUCAUUGUGGAAGUUUGCUACCGUUCAGUUGUGGCGGGAGUUGCUGUUUGCUAAUGGUAUCCGUGUAACUGUGCUGGCAGUCAGGGUGCCUCAGCUCUUGGACAUGGUUCUGUUGUACUUAACAGGAACAAGAGGACUUAAAGUACCCGUCGAGUUGGUGGUUUUUUUUCUGCUUAUUAAGCAAAUAAAAAAAUCACCAGUUAAAAAAACAAACACAAAAGCAAACCCCAAACCAACAAGAAGCAGUGAGGGAGGAACUGCAGGUGGUAUCAGCCCUAUUGAAUGCACUGGAUCUACGGAUACAUGCAGAUAAACCAACAUCACUUAAAAUGCCACAUGCUGUUAGGAGUCCUAUCUGCCUGCAUUUGAUUGGAUUGUUAAGGUACUUGUUUUUCGCUUGGCUGCAUGCUGCCAACCUUUUGCGUUUCUGCUAGUGCGGGUUUUCAGGUAAUCUCGUUUUGCUUUUGUUGUAUCUUUCUAGCCCACUGAAAGCUGCAAUCUUUUGUCAAUAAAAGAAAUGUGAACUGUUU